AGUCUUCUGGUAGCCUCUACCUCUCUCUCUACAUAAGGAAUAGCUGCCCGCUCUCCAAUCACUUGGAAAUGAGAGCUUCUUACGUCCUUGCCUGUUUGGCCCUUGUCGUCGCCAGCGCCGGAGCUGCUAUUGUCAGACCCUCGGUCACCGCGGUCAAUAAUCAACUGUAUCGUCGCUUUGUUUGUGUGAACCGCUCCAAUGGCUUCCGAGCUCUUGUGCCCGGCAGUUGCUCCAAGUUCUACGAGUGUCAGAAUAGCGUUGCCAUUGAGACCACUUGCUCUCGUUUCUACGAUCCCAAGGUGCAGGGCUGUGUGAACUACAACACCGGAUGCGUUGAGGUUAAGCAAACGUCAGCAUUUGUUGCAAGUGCUGGAUCUGUCAAUGCUGGCUCAUCCAGUACCGAUUGUUACACCACUCCACCCUGUGAAACGACCACACCACCCUGUGAAACUACCACACCACCAUGUGAAACGACAACACCACCAUGUGAAACGACAACACCACCAUGUGAGACAAUUACAACAACAUGCAGUACACCAACAACCACAACUUGCACUACACCAAAGACUACAACAUGCACUACACCAACAACCACAACUUGCACUACACCAAAGACUACAACAUGCACUACACCAACAACCACAACUUGCACUACACCAAAGACUACAACAUGCACCACACCAACAACCACAACGUGCACUACACCAAAGACUACAACAUGCACUACACCAACAACCACAACUUGCACUACACCAAAGACUACAACAUGCACCACACCAACAACCACAACGUGCACUACACCAAAGACAACAACAUGCACACCAACAACAACAACUUGCACUACUCCAAAGACAACAACAUGCACAACCACAACCUGCACAACUCCUCCCUGUGAGACGACAACUCCUCCCUGUGAGACGACAACUCCUCCCUGCGAGCCAACGACCGUUUGCAGCACUGGAUCAAUGGCCAACGGUGCCUCCGUGAAUGUGCGACCCUCAUCUGUUCAUAAGCGACCCUCCGUUAGACCCGGCAACAUGAUUCUGCCCGAGGCCGUAUUGACAGCCAAUCCUUCGGACAGCAACAGCAUGAAUAUGUACACGGAAUACGUGUGCCGCAGCAAACCCGAUGGCUUCAUGAUGGCCUCGCUGAGCAGCUGCAACAAGUACUACAUCUGCCGCUUCGGCAAGCCAUUGCUGGUGAGCUGUGGCGACAAGUACUUCAACGCACUCAAGGGCAUCUGCGAUCUGCCCGAGAAUACGCGCUGUGUGCAGCCGCAGCUGUAAAAGUGAGAGAGAUGCCCACAAUGAAGCGACCACCAUGCACUAAAGAGCUAUAACCAGAUACUACAUGUGG